CACCGCACUCACGCACGUACACUUUCACACCGACGUGCACAUCUACCAUCGCCUCCUCGAAGCUACAUCAGUAGCAUACAAGGAGACUUCAUUGCUCAGAGAUACAUCUUCUGACCCUCAGUCGCAACCCCAAGACCAACCACCCAUCAUGGCGCCCAAAAAGGGAAACAAAAUGAGUCUCAAUGACUUCCUGGCCGAUGAGGCUACAGGAAAGUCAUGGGCAGACGAUGUAGACGAUCUUCCGCUUGCUCCCGCUCCUCGAGGAGACCGUUAUCCUGGGGCUCGACAGGGCGGUGACUACCUUUCCACAGUUCCCGACCGAGCUGACCGAGACCGCAUGGGCCCUCCGAGGUUCGACGAUCGACCUCCUAGGCAGGACGUGCCCUUCCCGGACAAGCCUCCCUAUACUGCCUACCUUGGCGGUCUCUCCUUCGAUGCCACAGAAGGCGAUGUAGCUGACUUCUUUGCUCCUCACAAUGCCGUCAGCAUCCGCAUCGUGACAGACAGGGACGGCAAGCCCAAGGGAUUCGGUUACAUUGAGUUCGACCAAGCAGACGCCCUCCGAGAUGCCCUGUCUCGCAGCGGCUCCCAGCUGGCAGGACGCUCAAUUCGCGUUGGAGUGGCGGAAGCACCAAAGGCCGGAGAGCGUGGAUUUGGAAGCAGCAUCGCCGAAGAGGCCAGUCAGUGGAGACGGGCUGGACCUCUCCCCCCAGUCGAGGGAGCGUCUUCGCGACCUGGAGUUGCACGAGAGAGGUCUGGAUUCGGAGGACCUGGUGGACGGCCGUCUGACGGACCUAGCGGAUUCGACAAUAUGGAAGUGGGCAGCGGCGGACGCAGUGGAUUUGGUAGCAAGUUCCAGGCCUCGCCGGCACCACCUGCACGAGACGGACCAAUGAGAUCCGGACCUCCACGAAUGGGCGGCCCACCUGGUCCCGCUGAGCCUCUGGAGCCAACCAAGGGAGAAGUUGCAUCAGACUGGAGGACUGGAAAGCCAACCGAGUCAUCAUUCGUACCUGCCGCUGGUCCACGACGGGCCAUGUUCGGUGGAGCAGCACCAGGAGGCCCCGAUGGCGAGGGUCCAUCUGGAAGGUCUCCCUCAUUCAGGCAACGCGAUGCCACUGAAGUCGAUGAGCGCUUCGCCUCGCAAGAGAGGAUGGGCUUCGGCUCCAAAUUCACCCCUACACCACCCGAGUCUCCUGCUGUAGGCAACCGAGCCCCACGAGCUCCUUUCGAGAGGAAGCCAAGCGCAGCUGCUGCCGCUGCUCCUCCUCCUGGCCCCAGCGAAGGUGCGGCCAACUGGCGCUCGGCCCGACCGACACCUCCCGCUGGACCCUCUACAGACUCGCCCGCGGUCACACCCCCUACUGCACCCGCCGAACGCAAGAAGCUCGACCUGAAGCCACGAUCGGCUGCUCCUGCCGAGGGUGCAGAGACAUCCGGCGCAUCCUCGACGAACAAGUCGAAUCCCUUUGGUGGGGCCAAGCCUGUGGACGUGAUGGAGAGGGAGCGUCAGAUUGAGGAGAGGUUACAGGCUCAGAGGGAGCAGCGGGCAGCUGAGGAGAAGGCAAAGCAAGAGAAGAUCAAGGCCGAGAAGGCAGAAAAAGAAGCAGCACUCAAGGGCGCUCCCACUGGACCUCGCGCCGACAGGGAGAAGGCUUCUGGAGCUCCUACCGGUCCCAGGGCAGCUGGCUCUGGACGCACACCUUCCAGGAGGGGUGAGGGCGUCAGGUCGCCCACAACAGAUGCUGCAAGUGCUGCACCCGCCUCUGAUGCCACCCCUGGUACCGCCUCGCCUGCUGCGACGCCAACCUCACCCGCCGCCGCUCCUGCCAUCAAGAGCCCACCGGCUGCAGGUGCUUGGGGCAAGGGACGAAAGGCCAGCGGUGCCCUGCUUGGCAACUCUGCUGCUGCUGCUGCUCCGACGAAUGGGUCUGCUGAGAAGAGCAAGGACGGUGAUGAUGCCGUCGCGGAGGUGAGCGAGGGUGUAGCCAAGGCGCAAGUGGCAGAGUAGAUCAGAACAAAGCGCACCCCUCAUACUACACCGCCAUUAUGGCUUCCCUGCGAGUCACCAAAGUGCAUCACCGUUAUGGACUCUAGCUUUGUUACCCCUCCCGUGAGCAUCGGCGCCCGAAUAGUCAGUGUCCCUCCUCCAUCACUCAAAAUGUAAUUUGGCUCCUCAGGUCGUUUGUAGUCAGUUUGAUCCCCCUGUUGAGCUAGAGCCCAAUCAGUGAGAAUGCACCGCCCUCGUCACCCG